AUGAAGUAUAACUUGCCAACACUGUUGGCAUUGUGCCAGGACACAGGUGCGCACUGCAAGUGGACCAGUCAAGCAAAACACUGUAAAAUAGUACGUCCUGGUCGAAAUAAAAAGCCUGUUCUUUCAGAAAAUCCAAGAAAUCGGCCGACCAGAGAGUCAGCUAGAUCAUCGCGACCGAACAAAAACCCGGCAUCGAAACCCUUCAAGAAUCGCCCGAAUCGUGCCAGCGGAAAACCUCCUGAGCCUGUGUUCUUCACGAACGACGCAGGGUUUGCUCAGUUCCUGAAAAAGCACACUUCCCCAAAACACCAGCGAGUCACGGCUGGGGGAAGAAUUGUUCCGAUGGAGCCGUCGAGACCACCCCAUCUUGACAGCCCAUCAAAUGCCCCAAUGGAUGUGACAAAUGACGACGAAUCCAUUGUGACUCAUGUCUUUGUUGAUGAUCAACUUGUGGCUGGUGGCCACGAUAUGGCAACACAAGAGAACUUGACAAUAAUCCGUUCUUCAACAGAGUCCGAUAAUGCCUUGCAUGGAAUAUUGCCGUCACCAUUGUUGACAAGCACAUCCCAGCUCGCAGCCCCUGCCUAUUCGCAAGAUUUGACUGUUUCACCAGCAAUAGGAACAAGUUCACACGUCGAAUGGGCUGUACAAGGAGUGCCAGAUGAAGACGACCUAGAGUUCAUUCGUCAGACUGGGUGGCAGGAGCGAGUAGCCUGGAUCGAGAGCUUGAUUAACAUUGAUGAUGCUGCAAUUGCGCAGAUGCUGGCAUACACGCCUUCCUAUGAUAUUUCCCAUGGUUGCGAUUAUUACAUUCGAUAUGUAAGAAAGGCAUGGAUGGUCGGCCUUGAGACCAUGGCUGAGGCAUUUGCACGGCUGAAUAGCAAAUUCCGGUGCCACGAAAGAUAUCUGCAGGAGGUUAGCGAAGCCAUCGCAUUGGACCCCCAGAUUUCACCUAGCGAUUAUCGUUAUAAUUUGCGCGUCUUUCACACCAAUGAAAGGGCAAGAGUGCUCAGAGCCAUUGAGGAACAUGACAUGCUCAUGGCAUAUGGAGAGGCUAUUGAUAUGGACAACACCAAUGAGCCAAGAGGCGCUGUCGUUGAUCCAGGGCAUCAAAACUCCACUGAAAUUCAAGAGCAACUUGAAACAUCGAUCGCAGGAAAUUCACAUGUUAAUCUGUCAACUGAUGGUGCCAAUGAGAUUCAGCAUCUGAACACCAAUCGUGGAGUCGAUAUUAUUGACCCUGAUACUGGCCAUCCCAUCCAAUUCCAGAGGCAAUCAUUGACAGCUGCAAACAACAGCUGCAGCAAUGAAACAGGCUGCAAAAAGGGAAACAAUCCCAAAUUUGAUCAUAUGCAGGUUGACGGAAGCUCGGACUUGCUCAUUCGCGAUGAAGAAAAUGGCAACACAAGCCGAAGAAUCUCACUUUUCAAUGAAAUACAGGUUGAUAGAAGGUCAGACUUGUGGGUUCGUGAUGGGAGCGGAGAUGUGCCUACAGGAAGCAAUGACCCGCCUUUUGACGCUGAUAGCCGAUUGGGCAUUCGCCUUUCUCCCGAAAUGGAUUCUGAAGGGGAAACCGAUGAAAUCAUAUCAGCAAUCCCUCGUGAGGCAUGGACAGAACGUCGUUUGACAAACGGAAGCCGUAUGAGCGAAACUGUGCCCCGGAACUUUGGCCGAAACAACGUCUUCAAUUAUAGACCGCCAUUGCGGUCCGUUACUGAAGUCAACCACGAGGAACAUGUUACCGAAUUGGCUAGCACGGCUGCAAAUAAUGGGAGUCCCACACCAAGCCUUAUGUUUAGCCCCCGCAGUGAUGCAGAUGAAGUGAGCCAUCCGACUGAAGAUGGCGCACCUCAGAAUGGGCUUCGGUUUCUUCAGAAUGAGCCCUGCGACGAAUCAGCCUCAGCCGGCUCAGACGACGAGCAACCAAUGAUUAGAGAUUUUCGCUCUGGACCUGUAUUGACUGAAGAGAUGCUCUCGUCACUUUCCAUUGAUCAACAGCGCAGAAGUGCUGACGUACUGGAGAACUUUUUCGAUGUGCUUGUCGUAGAUGUGCAGGGUGAUUGGGGAGCGGAAGAAUCCGGUGAACGAAGCGGACGUGCUUUCGCUGAACAAAUGGAGGAUAGCUUGAACCACAGUAGCCGCAAUGGAAGUAUCACCCUGACAAUAAACGGCUUCCGGGGGGAUUACCCAGAUGACAUGUCGGAUACACCCCUAUUGUCUCGGAAUAGCCCGUUCGGCAGGUAUAGCCCUUUCGAUUCAAGCGGUCCAUUGUCCCGGAAUAGUCCCAGCAGAGCAAUCUCGAGGUCGAGUGUCCGCCGCAGGUCCGACGUACCAGCGGGUGGUCUCAGCAGCGUUGGGUCUCGCAUGAUUUCGUCGAGUCUGAAUGCCCGCCGAAGACAUGAUGCACGUGAAAAUGUCCGAAACGCCCGUCGCUCACUCACAAUCUCAUCUAGAUUGAUUGAAGACUUGAGAGACGAAGUACCCGUCACAACGCUUCUUGGUUUCGACGCGCCAGACAGUCAACAAAACACCAAUUACUUGCCUGUGUAUCCGCGCUUGAUAGAUGCCAGCCUCAGACAUACCGCGCCCCCCAUUGUGAACACGAGCAAAAUCAAUGCUUAUGCCCACCGUUAA